CCUCUACUCUCCUCCUAGCCCUUCCCGACCGUGAAGCCAUCCCUGCCGGCGUGUGUGUGUGUGUGUUGUCACUGCCUGCGGGGCUCCAUCUCAGGGCAGAGUGGGCGGUGGCAGCGCGCGUCUUCCAGUUCCCCCGCAUCCCCAAUGAUCCCGAUCUGGACGGAGGCUUGACGCUCGGACCUGACGAGGACAGGUCCAGUGCCCCGAGUGGCAGAGCCCCUGCUGCCCCUGGCUUCAGCUGACUCUCCUUGGCUGCUAGACCGGACCGGAACAGAGUCUUUGUGCAUCGAGGCCAGCCAGGGGAGCAUAACUGCAGAGAGGGAGGACUGCAAUCCAUUUUCUAUGACAACAGAGAAGGCUUCGGCUGAGGAGACGACGAGCGCAAUGGAGGGUGACGCCGUGAGGACCAGUCAGGUUCAUGAGGACCAUGGGGACAUGGAUGAUAGCUCAGACCAGACCCCCAGCAAAGCCUCCAGAUCCCCGCAGAAAAGCAACAAGCGGCCCAAGACUGUCCCUGUCAAAGUCACUCUGCUCGACGGCUCAGACUAUGAGGCUGCAGUUGAGAAAUUUGCCAAGGGCCAAACCCUGCUGGACAUGGUGUGUGGCCAUCUGAACUUGCUGGAGAGGGACUACUUCGGCCUGUCUUUCCAGGACACGGAUAACUCCAAGAAUUGGUUGGAUCCUUCCAAAGAGAUUAAGAAGCAAAUUCGGGUUGGCGCCUGGAUUUUCGGAUGUUCUGUCAAGUUUUACCCUCCAGACCCGUCCGUGCUCAUUGAAGACAUCACCAGGUACUACCUGUGCCUGCAGCUGCGGGACGACAUCCUGUCGGGACGACUGCCCUGCUCGUUUGUCACCCACGCUCUUCUGGGCUCCUACACCGUCCAGGCAGAGGUGGGAGACUACGAGCCUGAGGAACACGGCCCCGACUACGUCAGCGACUUCCGAUUUGCCCCCAAUCAGACACGUGAGCUGGAGGAGAGGGUGAUGGAGCUUCACCGCAACUACAGGGGAAUGAGUCCAGCGGAGGCCGAGGUUAACUUUCUAGAAAAUGCCAAGAAGCUCUCGAUGUAUGGAGUGGACCUGCAUCACGCUAAGGAUUCAGAAGGAAUUGACAUAAUGCUCGGAGUGAGCGCCAACGGUCUGCUCAUCUACAGAGACCGCCUCAGGAUCAACCGGUUCGCCUGGCCAAAAAUCCUCAAGAUCUCCUAUAAAAGAAGCAACUUCUACAUUAAGAUCCGCCCGGGAGAGUAUGAACAGUUUGAGAGCACCAUAGGCUUCAAGCUGCCCAAUCAUCGGGCCUCGAAGCGAUUGUGGAAGGUCUGCAUCGAGCACCACACCUUCUUCAGGUUGGUCUCUCCGGAGCCGCCUCCCAAGGGCUUCCUGGUGAUUGGCUCCAAGUUCCGGUACAGCGGGCGAACCCAAGCCCAGACCCGACAGGCCAGCGCUCUCAUUGACAGGCCUGCCCCACAGUUCGACCGGUCCGUUAGCAAGAGGUACUUGCUGCCCCGAAGCCUUGAUGGAGCCUCAGCUCUCGGUGAUAGCCUGGACCAGUUGUCCCAGCGAAGCUCCAGUGAACGCACACAGUUCAUGUCCAGAGAAGACCUAGACCAAGAGGGCAGCCUGGACCUGGACCAUGAUCACUACCACUAUCAGGACCAAGACCAGGACCAGUACACAGAUCAAGAGCUGGAGCAACAUGAAGGUCACGAUCCCAAGCAGUCGCGGGGCGACAGCAUCUCAACAUCCGCGAGGACUUUAGAGCUCAAGAGUGAAGAGGCAGGCUCACAUGUUGACUCAAAGCCAGAGGAUCUGGCCACCCCUCGGCCCAAACAGGAGCAGUUCUUGGAUAAACCAGAAGAUGUUCUACAGAAGCACCAGGCCAGCAUCAAUGAGCUGAAGAGGGCUCUGAAGCAGCCCAACAGCAAGAUGGCCCAGAGGGAGAAACGCCUCUCCUCGGCCACUCCCCCCGGUGGAACCCCUGAGCGGAAAUCAGCGACCGGUGAUGACAAAUUGAUUGACAAGCAGGAUGCUUAUGAAGGAGCGCUGGACGCUUGCGCUAAAGAAAAGAGUAAGACCUCCUCUAUGGUUAGAAACACGUUUGCUUCUUGGACUGAAGCAAAUACGAACAAUUGUCAAACAACCAUGGACUCCUUGAGAGCUAGACCCCGAACAUCUCUGAAACAGGAAACGGACUCCACAGCAACGGUACUAACGGACGCAAAGCCCACGGGUGAUUCCUCACCAGCUAACAGGCCUCAUGAUUCUGUACAAGCAAGGUAUGCCCAUCAAGUAAAUGGAUAUGGAUCUCCACCAGACAAGCAGAGGAAUGCAACGAAAAGCACAAGUGGGAGGCAUUGUCAGUACGAGCACAACAUUCAUCGAGAGAGGCCGAAGAACUUGGAAACUCCGGUGGCAGUGGAAUCUCUCCCAAAGGGCAGGGGGGGGGGAACUGAGCGAGACGAGAGGGACCGUGAGACUUGGACAGUAAAUGCCCCGAGCCCCACGGGAGCCAACGAUUGCAACAAAACUGGGAACUCGCACCCAGAAGUCACCAAACUGGUCCCUCUGAAGCCACAGCGAUCGAAGAAGUCUUUGAAUAAAGAGAACAAAGGUGAUGUGCGCCCUCAAACCCAGAGCCAGCCGGAUAGAGGCGUCGUUGUCGCGGCUGGGGAUGUACAGAUGACAAAAUCAAAAGACGGAUCCUGUGAGGCAGAAAGGAGGCUAGAUGAUAAUACUCCACCGCAAUCCGCCGCCGAUGUUGUCAAGGAAAAGUCAGCAGCCGCCAGAUACGACCGUGAAGCCACAAUGUCCCAUCAGCACCAAACUCCACUAUAUCAACAGAUGAAGAAUGAGUUGUUUGGACAACAGGAGCUCAGGGACUGCAGAGACACAAUGGGGACAAAUCAGUGGACAAGAGGAGGCGGCGUGCUGCAUGAAGAUCAUUUUCAGGAGAAUCUCUUUUCGAGCGCCAAAUUCCCAACAGCCCCCCCUCGAACUCUCCCUCUGAAAACGCAGUGGUCCAGGGACAGGCAGAGCAACACGGACAGCAGCCACAUCCACUACCGGACGCCCAGCCAAGAAACAGCCAAGAGGAAGCAAGCGGAGACGCCUCCCACACCUGCGAUUCACGAAGAGCUUUUCAGCGAAACUUCGAGGGAACCAUGGGAGAGACGCCUGGGCUCCGUGUCAGAGGAUGACCAGGACCAGGAGCUCCUGUACCUAAAGGAAACCCACCUGGGCAUCGAGCGCAAGUGUUCCAGCAUCACGGUCAGCUCCACGUCCAGCCUGGAGGCCGAGGUGGAUUUCACCGUCCUCACAGACUUGCACACAGGCAUGGAGGAGUUCUCCAGGGGCAUGUCAGAGCUGGGAGAGAGGGACCUGUCACCUGACGGGGGCCUGUGUUUUGGCAUCGACUUCCUUCAGCAGCAGGGCCCCUCUGAGCCACUGCCUCCCUUAGUAUCGGCCCCCCCGCCAAGGGGAGCCAGCGGCAGCCCCCCAGCUAAGCACAUCCAGGCUGAAGAAGUCCGACAUGAGAUCAAACGACCCGAUGCUCAGCCUGUUGUUCCUAAAAAACCAAAGAGAUCCGUGCCGGUGUCGUCGUCAGUUGACAGAGAGCAGUCGCACAGAGAAGCCAGUCGCGCCCCCGCUGUCAAACCCCUGAGCAGGGAGGCCAGCGACGUCAUGCCCACACCGACAGUGAGGAAGACGGAUGUCAGGACGGAGACGCAGCCCAACGGGUCAGAGGUCACCACAACCAUCAUGGAGUUCACAGAUCAGGAUCACGGAAUCCUUGGCCUGGGUGAAGUUUGUUACUCCACGAGACAGAGUGUAUCCCCUGUGCACAUGGGCAGUCUCGGGCGAGAGGCGUCAGGGUCGCCCAUCCUUGUCACGGAAAAUGUUACCUCGGCAACCACUCAAGUCACCAAGACCGUGAAAGGGGGAUAUUCAGAGACCAGGAUCGAGAAGAGGAUCAUAAUCACAGGGGACGAUGAUGUAGACCAAGAGCAGGCUCUGGCUAUUGCAAUACAGGAAGCGAAGCAGCAGCAUCCAGACAUGCAGGUGACCAAGGCAGUCGUUGUCAGGGAAACGGAAUCGUCCACUGAGGAUCGACACGGCACAUCAGAGUCCUGAUUUGCUGAGACGAGAGCGCCCCCGUUUGGACCAGAAGUGUCAGUGCCCGACCUGAAAUAACCACCCACCAUCCCUCCUGAUAGACAACUGCCAGUGGUGUUCAAACGGAGCCUCUUGGACGUGUUCACACACACAAAGCGGAACCAGGACUCCUGAUUGAUUUUCCUUCAAGUAACUCAAAAAGUAAACAUCAUUCAUGGUCCCCAGUAAUCCAGAACAAGAGCUGCAAAACUCCGGAACAAUUCAAGAUACGAUCCAACUAAAUUCCCUUCAAAGCUCUCAGGACCUCGAUAUCCAAACCACUUGCUUCAGUGCUCCUCAAAGGUCAAAGGGAAUACCUCUAGGUUUGUUAAAAUAAUCUGUGCACGUAUUCGCUAUGUAGAAUAAUACAGGGUCACAUGUCAUCGUACCCGUCCCAUGCAGUAAUGAUCAUCUGGAAAAUUGGGAAUAUGUGAAAAAAUGGCCAUGCACAGAUACUGUAGGCGUUGUUGGUUUUUUUCUACAUGUCUGUCCUGCUGUACUUGAUAAUAACAAAUCACCUGACUCCUGCUGUGUGUGCUGAAUGUAAAUACAUCACAGAAUCCAUCACGUUUCUCUGGUACUGAUAAAGCACCCAGUGAAAGAAGGGUUUAGUGAGAGCAGAAGAAGUUCAAUGUUCAUUUCCCCUCCCGCGUUGUCAAAUUAACAAAUGAGCAUCGCCCCACCCCACCCCCCCUCACACUGACUGAUGCGGCGCCCGUCGGAUCUUCUGGUGGUGUUUGUUAAGGACCAAAGCUGGAGCGGAUCCACAAACUUCCCUCUUGUCUGUUCAACUGGCUGUGCAAUGUGUUUCACCGUGAUGUGUGGGCGGCUUGUACGCGAGGACAAGACUCAAUUUGAUGCAUCCUGAUGGACUUGGGUCGGAUUUUCUGCACGUCUCUGGACCUGAGGAGCUGUCAAUACACAGUGCACCUGAUGUAUUUGUUCAAGCGGUGGCGAUGUAGUUUCUGAGUCAAACCCACUUUCUCUCCCUCCCGGGCCUUUAGAUGUACCUUUAAGGAUCCAUCUGGAUCUAAUCCCACUUUGGUCAUUUUGUGUAGUAAGCACAUAGAGAAGGCUCACGGCCUUGUUCAAAUUGCAGAAUGGACUGCUGGACCAGUAAAACUAGUACUUGAGAUAGUAUUUGCAUGAUAAUUCCGUGCAUUAUCGGAUUGUAAAUCAGUAACAUGGAUAUCAACCAGUAAGAAGGACGGAUCACGAUAUCCAGCAUCGCGAAAGGGAACGUGCCCUGAAAAAAUUAGAGAAGGGCCGAAUUAGUCACAAUAUGAAAUCAAAUCAGAGCUCUGUCAUGUAAAAGAAAAAAGGAAAUUACACUUCCUGACAGGAAAUGAAGAGUAUUCAAGUGAAAAUGUGGGAAGGAUCAAGCACACAAUUGGUGAGCUUGUUUGUUAAUCCCCACCUCAAAUGAGCGCACAUUCGUUACAGCUUGUUCUUUCAGUUGCAGGCUCUUUUUUUUUUUUUUAACAGUUUCAUCUCGUUUCCAGUCACUGAUGCUGUUCAAUAUAUCUUAACAUAUCAGUUUCUCCAUAAAAAGGAACAUAGAGGUGGCCUGCGCUGCCUACAUUCAGUUGGGGUGACUGUUGUUUUUCAUACCUUGUUUUACGACUUAAUUUCUCUUCAUCUUUUAAGACUCUCUGCUGAAUUAGUAUUGUGCAUCUGAGCCCUUCCAAGACUUUAAAAAACAAAGUGCAGUGUUAGCGUCUUUGAACUUUAGCUAUGUGUGAUUUGGUACAUGGAUGUUAGAGGGAUGCCAUAGACAUGUAGUGUGCCAAUUAAGGUAGCAGUCAAAUUGUACAAACUCUGAUUUUGUAUGAAAUAACUUUAUAUGAACGAUCUACUUUUAACUACGCAAGUGCCAGAAAGCCAAAUGCAUAAACUCGGCAUGGAAAAGUGUUCUUUCAACAUUACCUGCGAGAAAAAAAUUCCGUCUCCCUGCAAAAGCCAUUCAAAAUGUCACUUCGAUGUACGAGUUACGAAUUGAAGUCAAUGCAAAUCAUUCAAUUGGGGAAAAAGCAGGGUUAAAAUAGACAUGUCAGUUUGAUGAAAGUACGACUGAGGUGUAACUUUGGCUUUCAGACACUGAACCUUACAGUCAAACGUGUCACGUGUGCAGUGUAGCUGCUGUUGUGUUUCAUAUUUUAGUUCCAAAUUCUUUCAAGUGAUGUGAUCUCAUGGAUGUGGGUGUGAAAACUGGAAGGUGGGGGAAAAAAAAUAUAUAAUAAUAAUAUUAAUAAUGCAGCCGUGCAAACCUUGUACUGUAUAUUCGGUGGCGUUUGGUGGAUUGUGAAGAUGUCGUUAAUGGCCAUGAGUUUUAUGUACACUAGGGGGCACCAGAGAGCUUUGCAACAACAACAUUGACUGAAAUCCUUCUCACUAUCAUUCACUAGAGGGCAAAUCAUCCUUGGGCGAACGUGGACGAUCAAACUGACCUCCCUCUGUCCAGGAAAGGGCUCGAGUAGUACCCAGAAUGUGAUCAAUGAAGACACUUGGCUGUAGCUCAGGCACCUUGGUGCCUGUCUGAUUGGAGGGCCUCUGACUGACCCUUGAACCCAGCCCUCCUCUUUCUCCUCCUCGUCCCUGCUCUGCUGCUCUUCAUUGCUUGGUGCUGUGUCUUUGCUGUACAUUGUACUCGCGUUCCUUCGAAAUGAAUAAAGAGGAGAGACAAAACAAAACAAAGAAGAAAAAAAACCCAACAAGGUGAGAGGGGAAUCUCUCCGUUUGAUCUCUA